AUGGGGAAACGACGAAACGGGGAUAUUUGGGGCCAUCCGUCAGGAGCGCUCAAGCCUGGAGCCAUCCGUCAGGAGCGCUCAAGCCUGGAGCCAUCCGUCAGGAGCGCUCAAGCCUGGAGCCAUCCGUCAGGAGCGCUCAAGCCUGGAGCCAUCCGUCAGGAGCGCUCAAGCCUGGAGCCAUCCGUCAGGAGCGCUCAAGCCUGGAGCCAUCCGUCAGGAGCGCUCAAGCCUGGAGCCAUCCGUCAGGAGCGCUCAAGCCUGGAGCCAUCCGUCAGGAGCGCUCAAGCCUGGAGCCAUCCGUCAGGAGCGCUCAAGCCUGGAGCCAUCCGUCAGGAGCGCUCAAGCCUGGAGCCAUCCGUCAGGAGCGCUCAAGCCUGGAGCCAUCCGUCAGGAGCGCUCAAGCCUGGAGCCAUCCGUCAGGAGCGCUCAAGCCUGGAGCCAUCCGUCAGGAGCGCUCAAGCCUGGAGCCAUCCGUCAGGAGCGCUCAAGCCUGGAGCCAUCCGUCAGGAGCGCUCAAGCCUGGAGCCAUCCGUCAGGAGCGCUCAAGCCUGGAGCCAUCCGUCAGGAGCGCUCAAGCCUGGAGCCAUCCGUCAGGAGCGCUCAAGCCUGGAGCCAUCCGUCAGGAGCGCUCAAGCCUGGAGCCAUCCGUCAGGAGCGCUCAAGCCUGGAGCCAUCCGUCAGGAGCGCUCAAGCCUGGAGCCAUCCGUCAGGAGCGCUCAAGCCUGGAGCCAUCCGUCAGGAGCGCUCAAGCCUGGAGCCAUCCGUCAGGAGCGCUCAAGCCUGGAGCCAUCCGUCAGGAGCGCUCAAGCCUGGAGCCAUCCGUCAGGAGCGCUCAAGCCUGGAGCCAUCCGUCAGGAGCGCUCAAGCCUGGAGCCAUCCGUCAGGAGCGCUCAAGCCUGGAGCCAUCCGUCAGGAGCGCUCAAGCCUGGAGCCAUCCGUCAGGAGCGCUCAAGCCUGGAGCCAUCCGUCAGGAGCGCUCAAGCCUGGAGCCAUCCGUCAGGAGCGCUCAAGCCUGGAGCCAUCCGUCAGGAGCGCUCAAGCCUGGAGCCAUCCGUCAGGAGCGCUCAAGCCUGGAGCCAUCCGUCAGGAGCGCUCAAGCCUGGAGCCAUCCGUCAGGAGCGCUCAAGCCUAGAGCCAUCCGUCAGGAGCGCUCAAGCUAGGAGCCAUCCGUCAGGAGCGCUCAAGCCUGGAGGUGUCAUUGAAGGCACAGCAGCACAGCAGCUUUCCCUCACCCCCUCCAGCCAUCAACCACCCACCACACUCCCACAAACACCCUGCUUCGGUGCUCUCGGCGUGUAG